UCAUUGCGAGAGGACGGCGCGCGCGCAUUUUGAUAUACUAAAUCUAGGUCGCGCUCAUGUGAUAGUUCACAUUUCUCUUGCUUAUGAGAAAAAAGUGUUCAGUGACCAUACAGUUUUUAAUCGCAACGGUAUUCACAUACAAUUUACAAUUCUUUCGAUACGCAUGUGUGUUUAUAGAAAUCUCAAGUGCCAAAAAGUGGCGGAUUUAUCUAUGUGGGCUAUGUGAUAUACAAGUGUGUUACCGUAUUUGAGGCUUUUGUAAUCGUCCAAGCGGAUACAGUCCGCAGACGUUUCUUAGAAGUGUUGAAUUGAUUUUGUGAAUGAGUCAGCUAACAGGCGUCGGGAUUGUUAGCUUCGUCAACGUGCUGCCCACGAUCUCAGAAGGCGUGACAAUGAGAGAAAAAAGGGGAGGUGCUAUGAGUAAAAUGCAAAAACUCAGAAAGCGUCUGUCCCUUAGCUUCGGUAGAUUGUCAACAAAAGACGAGUCAGAAACCGACGGGGAGUGCCGAGGUAGACAGAACGGGGGAGGUGGCGCGCGCGGCAAGCUCCCCUACAACGGCUACUCGGAGGAGUGCCUCGACCGACUGGAGCCGAACGGCAACAUCCCUAACGAUAAGGAUUCUCAUUACGAAUGGAGCGGGGGUGGCGGUAACGGCGAGUAUCGCGUCAGGAGACAGCUGUCAGUAUCUUCAGACUCCAAACUACUAGACGAGGGUGCGAGGGAAGACGCGAGGGUGAUUAUGAGGCCCAAGCGGCCGCCGAGGCCCAAGUCCGAAGCGUUUCUAGGGCCACACGACCACUCUAGCAGACGAACGAAACGGUUCAGUGCCUUUGGGGGCGACUCUCCAUUCGGGAAGUCGGAGGCGUACAUAAAACUGGAGCAGCUCGGCGAGGGCUCCUACGCUACGGUUUAUAAGGGGUAUAGCAAUUUAACGCAGCAAGUGGUGGCAUUAAAAGAGAUCAGACUGCAGGAAGAGGAAGGUGCACCCUUCACGGCGAUAAGAGAAGCUUCGCUGCUCAAAGAGCUGAAGCACGCCAAUAUAGUCACAUUGCACGACAUUGUGCAUACGAGGGAGACGUUGACGUUUGUGUUCGAAUUUGUGGACACGGAUCUGUCACAGUACAUGGAAAGGCACCCGGGUGGGCUAAACCGACAUAACGUAAGACUGUACAUGUUUCAACUUCUCCGAGGCCUCGCCUACUGUCAUCGGAGAAGAGUUUUACACAGGGACGUAAAACCACAGAAUUUAUUAAUAAGCUCGCACGGUGAACUGAAACUAGCGGACUUCGGGCUCGCACGGGCGAAAUCUGUUCCUAGCCACACGUACUCGCACGAGGUCGUCACGUUAUGGUACAGGCCGCCAGAUGUCCUCCUGGGAAGCACGGAGUACUCAACGUCAUUGGACAUGUGGGGAGUGGGCUGUAUAUUCGUGGAGAUGCUCUGCGGUGUACCAACUUUCCCCGGCGUAAGAGACACCAACGACCAACUAGAUAAAAUAUUUAAGGUGGUGGGUACUCCUACGGAGGAGAGCUGGAUCGGCGUGUCCCGGUUACCGGGACUGCGGGCCCACGUGGGGCGGUGGGGCGCGUGUCCCGCCCGGCCUCUAGCGGCGGCCUUCCCCCGGCUGCGGGACGCCGGUCGGGACGCGCAGCGCCUGGCUGCAUCGUUACUGCAGCCGGACCCGACGCGUCGUCUGUCCGCACCCCGCGCGCUGAUGCACGAGUACUUCGCCUCUCUGCCAUCCCGCCUCUCGCACCUGCCUGAUGAGGUGUCGAUCUUCACGGUGGAGGGCGUCUGCUUGCACCCAGAAGACUAGACGGGCGCACGCGAAUCUGUUAAUUUGUUCCUCCCACUGCGGUGCGUUCGUUAGUUAGUACCUUUCAAUUCCUAUAGUUGUAACUGCGGUCGGAACGGUUCAGUUUCGACGGACCAACGUCUCGUGAUAGUCUCCCCCUUAGCUAAACACUCGAACGAGCAUCGCCGAGGGCCUCCGCUGUAUGAAGCCGGAAAAAUUUGUAACAUGCCAUCAGACCCUGACGCCUCGCCACUCGUGUUGAGUUGAGAAUCAAUACUCGUGGCGUGGCUUUCUAUGUAGUGUUUUAUUUGAUCAGAAGUACACUAUAAUCUAUCGAUUUGAAAGUGUGGAUUGUGUCAUAGAAAACACUACGAUUUAAUUAGUCUCAACGAGCGUGGCUCUGGUCAGAUGUUAUAAAUGUGCUGUGGUCACAACACGACACUGCUCCGAUCUGGCUCAUAGCUUUUCAUUUAACUGUGUACUUUUAAGUCUAAACUACAUAUACUACUCGGUGCCUGAAGCCUUUAAGUUUCGCUCAUUAUAUUUCGAUCACAAACACAUACAUUAUAAGGCUAACAUAAUGCUAUAUUCAGGCCUAAAAGGAUGUUGUUAGCUGAUCAUUAUUAUGUGGUACAUAUUAAAUGUAUGCGAUAAAUGGGAUACGCAUUGAAUAUCAACCACAAAAUAUUUGCGUUCUAUUUACCUACGUUAUUUAUUUUCUGAUGGACCUAACACAUAACAGUAAACAUUUCGGCACUCUUACCCAUAAUUGGCUAACUGCCCUGACACAUGGCUGGCUACAACACCUAAAUCGACGCCACGAUCAUUGAUUUAAACCGAAGUAUUUAAUAUAACAUAUUACUGACAAGGCAACACGUAUCGUCGUGUAUAAAAACUCGUUUUAGGAAAUACACAGUUCUAAAAAUAUUUGAAUCAAUACACGCGACGUGUAGUCGGUUUAACUUUAAAAGUCCACAGUGAAUUGAUAAUCGGCGAGUCUCAACGGAGCAGUUACCUAUUUAACAGUGUGGACCUUCAAUACUCUUCAACUGUCGAUCGCUUCGACUCAAAUACGUUAGCGCUUGUUAAGCUUCUAAUAUUAUCCAUCCAUAUAAUUCAAUUAUUCUAUGGUGACAAGGUAUACUGAUUAGGUAUCGUUGUGUACCGUUAAUUUGUAUAAAUAUAUAUAUUUUAAACAGAGCAGUGUGCCAUGUAUAUCUAUAACUGAGAGUAUGAGUUAUUUUAAAUGAAGAUUUUUACGCUGGAUAUAUGCUCAUAAUUUUGGUAAAAAUUUUGAAGAUGUUUAUUUAUAUUUACUAAGGGAUAUUGUGAGCUCUGAUGCGGUCUUAUGAAGUACCCUUUUUUAGUCGGCACCGAGCUUUAUCGUUUAUGUGAAGGUUACCAAGAUGAGUGUCCUAUUUAGAGCCUAAACAAUGAAAGCUAAUUAAUUGUCGGUCGUCAAACGCCCUUUUCAAAAAUUAUUUUGGUAUAUCAUCUCUAUGAAAUUUUAAAAUAUUGUUGAAGUCUCAGAAAUUUUAGAACAAAGUAUAGUCUAAGAAUUAUUAAGGUAAUAACACAUUUGCGACACUCCAAGUGCACCGUGCAUAUUCGUAGAUCUGACGCCACAUCACAUUAGUUUUUUUGUGGUAAACUAAUGGCGUCAAGUGCUGUGCGAAAUCACGCUAGAUAGUAAACAUCAAAACUAUUAACCACAAUCUGCAACACUCUGAUUUAAAUCGAUUUCGGGUUAUUAUAACAUACCAGGAUGUAAUUUCAAUCAAUACACGUGGCGUGAGGUGGGAUAUUGCAAAUGUGUUUCCAUCAGAGUUAUUGUUACAUGUGUUGUUUGGUAACUAAACCCUGAGUUAAACUUUAAAAAGGACAUUCUUAUUGGGCGACGGGAAUACUUGUCGAAAAACGAUUCGUAAAAUCACUUUCGCACGCUGUUGGGGCUAGGCUUUGAUAAAUUAAUUUAGCGUCUGUCUUAAGUUGAUUGCACAUUAUGGCACCAGUAUCAACGCAUUGUGUCCUGGAUCGAGUGCUGAUGACGCCAUCCGCAUUUCGCCCGCUCGAAUUCACCGCGUGUAACUCGGUCCGGCUAUAAUGUGCAAUUGGCAUUAAUGUGCACAUUCUUACGGUGCUAAUAAAGGAACUUUAUGGUGGGAUAUAAUUGUAAAUGUAGAGACAUACUUUACUUCCUAAAAUUUUACCUGCAACUGGUUUUAAAGCUUCAGUUCAACCUAACUGCUACACUCAAGAGAUCCUAGCAGAACGUUCGUAAAAUAAGGACAAGAACAAAUGAGUAUAGACUUUAAAGCUAGGUGCAUAAGGUUAAUUUUACUUUUUAUCUUUAGUAUAGGUACAAGCGUAAUCUUUAAACUAAACUAUGUCUCUAUUUUUACCUCUUGCAAGAUUUUUUUAAGCUAAGGACCGCUUCCAGUGAAACAACAAAAGAUAAAGGAGACAUCAUCCAAAAUUUAUUUUAAAACGCGACAAGAUCUCAGGUUUAUUAAGUGUGGGACCGUCCUUUUGUAAAGUGUAACGUGAUAGGUUCGAUUAUAGAACAUAUACUUAAUAAUAAAAUAAUCUGUACCAGAAUGUAGAUGGGAAGCUAGGUGUCUAGGUGAUUUAGUGAAUUUACCAGUUUAGCGAAAUUUUUAGCGGCAGGGCUCGGAAAAUAACUUAGAGCAAUAGGUUUCUGAGCGAGAGAAUGGUUAAGUAGAAAGGUUUGCGGAAAUAACUACUCGUACUUGACCGUUAUCUUUUUGGAGCAUAAAGCGCAUUAUCCACCUCAAACGAAGCUAUGCUAAUACUGUUUUACUUAUUUUGCAUCACAACAACACCAAAUUUACCCUAGCAUAGUUUACUUUGAUUUCUUCCUUUACAUUAAAAGGAAGUUCGAUACUGAAAUUUGUGCCAGUAAGGGUCAUAGAAAAUCUUGUGUAAAAUGAACACACCUAUCCGUCCCGACUAGCACUGAGAGUUUAUCCUCAAUCAGAACUACAAAAUGACCAAUACAACACUUGUGUAGUAAUAACUUGUAAAGCGUGCUGUAAUAAUAAUGUUAGUUUUACAGCUCUAAUACUUUUAAAUUAGCUCACGAUCAGGGUAUUGAUACCGUCAGUUUUCAAGCAUGAUACAUCUUUCACGUAUAAUUAUGUAAAGUAAGAACCGGAACUGAAAACAACGGUUUCGUUAGCCCGCAGAUCCUGAAAUGCCAUGUGGGCUUAUUAACAUCGCUUAACAGUAUUGUUUUGAAAUGAUAUUAUUUUAUGGU